AUGGGACAGACUCUAUCAAAGAAAAAAGAUCCAUCAUCACGACGAAAACAAAGAAUAAGAACAUUCUUUUCAUCAAGUAAUAAUAAUAAUAAUAAUAACAAUAAUAAUUAUAAUGUUACUGUAACAGAAAUUAAUCAAAUAGACAAUUUAAUCAAUGGUGGAGAUGAUGGACCAUCACUUGUAGCAGCAACAGAAAUUGGACAAUCAUCAUGUCAUGAUCAUAAUGGUAGUGGUGGAUGCCAGAGUGGAAGUAGGAAGGCUGUUACAAUCACAUACAAAAUGUUUAAAAAUGUUGAUAUGGUCGAUUCACUUUGUUUUGAAAUUAAUAAUAAUAAUAAUCCAACUAUUAAUAAUAAUAAUGACGACCAAGAAGAACAACAACAACAAAUAGAAGAUUACAUAUAUGAUAAUAAUGAUAAUGUAUUGUUGGAUCAUGAUAAUCAUCAUCAUCAUCAAAUGUCAUUCAGUGGUUUGUCACAAGAAAUUCAAUUAUUGGUUUUAAGUUUUCUUGGAUUCCGUGAUAUCGUUUCAAUCCAAAAAACAUGUAAAUAUUGGUAUAAUGUUGGAAGAGAUAAUACUUUAUGGAGGGAAUUAAUAGCAAGAGAAAUUCAAUGGUGGGCAAACAAAGAAUCGAUUCAAGCCAUAUUAAAUACACAUCAUUCUUCUUCUUCUUCUUCUUCUUCGAGUCAUAAACAACAACAAACAAAUAAUAUUAUUAGAUGGAAAAGAGUAUAUUGUGAUCUUUGGAGAUGGAGACAAUGUGCAGGAUGUGGUAAACAAUAUAGACAAUGUAGGAAUUCAAAGAAAUCAUGUAAUGUACAUUCUGAUAUAAGAGAUAUAGUACAUUCUAGAGGUGUUCCAUCUGGUGUAUAUUGGAUAUGUUGUCUAUCAAAACCAAAAGAUGCUGCAGGAUGUAUAACUAAACUUCACAAAGAACUUGAUGAAAUUAAUUAUCCAAAUAUUAUUAUUCAACCAUCGUCACCAACAGCAUCUCAAUCAAUUAAAUAA